CCGAUGCCAUUCACUGUAAUCUAAAAAACCCAACAAAAUGAGCGGAAGAGGAAAAACCGGAGGAAAAGCCAGGGCCAAGGCAAAGACCAGGUCUUCCCGCGCCGGGCUUCAGUUUCCCGUGGGACGUGUCCACAGACUUCUCCGUAAAGGAAACUACGCUCAGCGUGUGGGAGCUGGCGCACCCGUGUACUUGGCCGCUGUACUCGAGUACCUGACUGCUGAGAUUCUUGAGUUGGCUGGCAACGCUGCCCGCGACAAUAAGAAAACUCGCAUCAUCCCUCGUCACCUGCAGCUGGCUGUCCGCAACGACGAAGAAUUGAACAAACUCCUCGGCGGUGUCACCAUCGCACAGGGUGGAGUUCUGCCUAACAUCCAGGCAGUACUUCUUCCCAAGAAGACCGAGAAGGCCGUCAAGGCCAAGUAACGUUCCUGUGUGAUUUCAUGUGAUUACUCAACCUUCCAAAGGCUCUUUUAAGAGCCAACCAUUUAACUCAAGAAAAGCGCUUUCACCAUAUUAACCUAUUGCAUAGAGGUAUCAUAUUAUUUCACUAGUGGACUAUUCAUAGAUGUAGUGGGCUACACCAAAACUCCAUGCCCCACGUGACUGAAC